AUGUAUCGGUUCAUCAAUCAAUUUCACUUAAACCAAAGCAAUAGUAUAUCAUUUUUAAAUAAUAGUAAUAAUUCUUGUAAAUUAAAUGAAAGUAGUAGCAGUAUUUCAAAAUUAAAUGAAAGUUAUAGUAAUAUAUCUUUGAAUUCAAGUCAAUUGAAAAUAUCUGCAACAUCUAAACUUUUAAUAUGCUGUUCAAAAGAUUUUAAAAAAAUAACAAGCUCUAUAAACUAUUUAGAGUUUGGUUUAUUCUUCCAAGAUGAAAUAUCUAUUGGCUCAAUUCCAGAUAAUAUUCAAGUCGUCAAGUUUGGAAAUAACUUUAAUAAAGCUCUCAAGCCUGGUGUUCUUCCAAAUUCUGUUCAUACAUUAAUUCUAGGGAAUAAAUGGGAUCAAGAUUUAGAGUAUGGAAGUUUACCAAUCUCUUUGAAAAAAUUGUAUUUUGGUGAUAACUUUAAUAGAGUCUUAGAGAAAUCAAUAUUACCACCUCAACUUUUCGAACUAAAGUUUGGUUUCUACUAUAAUCAACCCAUCAAACAAAAUGUUUUGCCUGAAUCAUUGUACUCUAUUCAUUUCGGUUGGGGUUUUAAUCAGAUUUUAACUCCAGGUGUUUUACCUCAAUCAUUGUACACUAUUCAUUUUGGAAAUGAUUUUAAUCAAAUUCUUGCUCCAGGUGUUCUUCCAGGUAAAUUAAACUCAUUGUAUUUCGGAUGGAAAUUUAAUCAACCACUUGAACCAGGUUGUUUUGGUCCAUAUCUUCAAAAAUUAGUUCUUGGCUGGGACUUUAAUCAAAUGAUAAUGCCAAAUGUUUUACUUGAGGGGUUGAAAAAGUUAAACUUUGGAUAUUAUUAUAACCAACCCCUUAGAAUUAAAAGUAUCCCUCAAAGUUUGGAGAAAUUACGUUUCGGAUGGAAAUACAAUCAAGCAAUUGGAUUUGGAGUAUUGCCCAAGGGUCUAGUUUCUCUUAAAUUUGGUUAUGAAUUUAAUCAAGUAAUAGGAAAAGAUGUUUUACCAAAAUCAUUAUCAAAACUCUAUUUUUCAGAACGAUUCAACCAAAAGGUAGCACCCGAAUCAAUACCAUUAUCAGCAAAUGUAGUUAAUAUGCCAUCAUCUUUAGGUAACAGUCAAAGCAAUAGCGAUAUCAGAAAUAGUUUUAUUAGUAAUAAUGUUAAAAUUGGUAAUAGUAAUAAUAAUAAUAAUAGUAGUAUUAGUAAUAGUACUACUAAUAUUAUUAGCAAUAAUAGAAAUAUUAAUAAUAGUAUCGAUAAUAGUAAAAAUAAUAAUUUAAAUAAUUUGAAUAACAGCCCAAAAAUACCAUCACCCACAACUACACCAAGUAUUUUCAAUAAUAAUCAAAGAGUAUCAACAUUAAUCAAUAAACAUGAAACAAUCAAUGACAAUUUGGUUUAUACUACCAAAAUUAAAUAGUUGAAUAAAAAAAGGAUAAAAUAAUAAAUUUUAAAAUAAAAAAUAAAAAUAGACAUUUUUCU